AUGGCUACCAUGAAGAAAAGGUUUGUGAUUUACUGGUGGAUUAGCGGGUGCAUUCCAUUCCAAGCAGAUCAAGCAGAGCUUCAUGCCAUCCGUAUCUUGGAUGGGCUUACUGCAAAGGGCUUCAUCGAGCCUAUCUACAAAAAUUGUGGAUUGAUUGUGGAUAGCUACAGGAUGCCCCCUGCCAUUCGUUGUGUUUUAACCACUGAACCAACAGUUGAUCGGUUUGGUGAUUUGACGUAUCGAGGCCUCACCUUUUGGUACGGCAGCAUCGUCAACGUUGAUGCGGCUAUUAUUGAUGGAAGACAUGAAAUUAUUUUCAAAAGGUGCACCGAUUUGAAAGUUGUUUACUUGGGAAGGUGGCAGAAUUCGGUCACGCAUCACAUUGAAGUCUCAGACAUUAAAAUUCUCAAUUUUCUCAAGAAUAUGAAACAAUUGAGGGUUCUUAGCCUUCGAGGAAUUUCAUUGAUUACAGAGCUUCCUCAAUUCAUUUCACAACUGACUGGUCUUAAAACUCUAGAUCUCAAAUCGUGUCACAACCUUGAGGUGGUUCCAGAUUGGAUUGGCUUGCUUGAAAAUUUGACACACUUGGAUAUAUCUGGGUGUUACCUUUUAGAUCACAUGCCCAAGGGGCUUGGUGCACUAUCUAAUCUUGAAGUCCUUAAGGGAUUUAUUAUUAGAGAUUCCAAUGAUGAAAAGUCAUGUACUAUCAAUAAUUUGACAAAAUUGUCAAAUCUACGAAAAUUGAGCAUAUCUGUAAGUAUGAAAGAAUUUCCAACAGAUCUGCAGCUUCAUCAUUUACAAAGAUUAUACCAUUUAGAGAAGUUGAAAAUAUCUUGGUCAGGAUGCAUUUUACGAGGUAAAACUGAUGAUUCACCUAAGCAAGCACAACUAUUUUCCAAGCAGACAACGCUGACAAGAUCAUUCAUUGAGCAGCGUGAUCCAAAACUUCCUUCAUCGUUGCAAAAACUAGAGCUUGAGGGUUUUCCUGAGAUAGAUACACCCGGUUGGUUGCGGUCUGGCAAUUUGAACAACUUGAAGAAACUUUACAUCAGCGGAGGACUAUUGUGUAAUCUGGACAAAAUAGUAGCUACCACAGUUCAAAUGUUACAAUUUAAGUACUUGAGUAACUUAGAGAUGCCUUGGAAAGACAUUAUGAUGUUAUUUCCCAAUUUGAUUUACUUGGAGAAAGUAGAAUGUCCCGGCCUCAAUUCCUUCCCGUGUGAUCAGAAUGGUGUUUGGAUGAGGAAAGAAUGCCAUCGAUGA